GGGUAAAUAGAGACGAUUACUUUGGUAAAGUUAUUAAACGACGUCAAACACGUUAUUUAGUUAUCUUUUCGUGGACAUGGCUCCAAAGGAUCUAAAGGAAGCGUUUGUCAGUAAUCUCAAUGGGACCAGUUUAGGAGAGGUGGCACUGGGAACUUUUCUCGCUCCAGUUUGCUUCAUGAUCAGAGGACUCAUCUUUAUACUCUACCAGCAGAUUAAAGGAACUCUGCCGCUGCCUUUCCCAACAAUUUCCCACCUGUUGCUGGACUUCUGUGUGCUGAUUCUCCCUCUCGUUCUGUCAUGUACCGUUCUGAGCAGCUUUCUUCUCCAGGUCGCCGUGAGCCUAACGUUUGCUUCAGCCUGUGUGUUUUACUACAUCUACCACACCAGCAGUACAUUUUCUGCUCAGCGUUCACAGAAGCCUGUCAGCAGUUUCCUGCAGAGUCACGUUCAGUUCAACCAGGUCCCUUUUGUGACUCUCUUCAGAGUGUUUAUAAAUGUUAAAACUGCCAUCAGCAUCCUUGCAGUGGACUUUGUUGUCUUUCCCAGACGUUACGCCAAAACAGAAACCUAUGGCACUGGAGCUAUGGACUUUGGAGUUGGAGGAUUUGUGUUUGCGAAUGCCCUUGUUUGUCCUGAGGCGAGGAGGAAGAACAUCUCUGGAUCCAAGAUGAGUUACGUUACGAAGCAGAUCCUGGCCGUCUGGCCACUGCUCACUCUCGGUAUGGGAAGGUUAGUGAGCGUCAAAAUGACUGGCUACCAUGAACAUGUGACAGAAUACGGCAUCCACUGGAAUUUUUUUUUCACUUUAGCAAUUGUCCGAGUUCUGGCUUCUGCACUUUUGACUGUUUUACCUUCCAGAUACUUGUGGCUCUUUGCUCUUCUGAUCAGUGGAAUUUAUCAGUUUUUUCUUGAGACUUCAGAGCUGAAGGCUUUCAUCUUGCACAACCACGACAGAGAGAAGGACUUUGUGCAUGCCAAUAAGGAGGGCAUAUUCUCGCUAGCAGGCUAUGUUGCCAUCUACCUAACAGGAGUUCAGAUUGGACACUAUGUGAUGCAACCAAGAUCCCAGGUUAGAGAGUGGCUCAGAAUGAUUUUCAGUCUCUUCUUGGGAAGUCUCGUCUUGUUCGCUGCUUUGCGCACAUGCCAGACUCUCGUGGAGCCAGUGUCUCGCCGCACUGCUAAUUUUCCUUUUGUCCUCUGGAGCCUUGCUCAGUCUUUGUUUUUUAUGUCCUGCUUUGGACUAGCUGAUAUGCUUUUACUGUUUCUGAAAAGAACUUCAGAUAGUCGCAUUGUGCCUUCAUGGCUGGACACAUACAACAAAAGAGCAGACACUGACAAAGGCCUCUGCAAGACGAGAGGUGAAACAGACAAACUCUGCAUCGUUCAAGCCGUCAGCAGGAACCAGUUGUUAUUUUUCUUGCUUUCAAACGUCAUGACGGGUUUGACCAACUCCCUGGUGGACACACUCAGCUGCAGUGGUUCAUUUUCAGUGUGUGUGUUGCUGCUGUACAUGUUCAUAAACUCCUUGGUGAUUUAUGUUUUACAUGUUUGUGGAGUUACAGUAAAGUUCUGGUGAAAGUUGCAACUGUCCACUUACCAUUUGUUUACAUUUUUUAA